CGCAUCUGCAGCAGCAUAAUGGAGAGCACGCGGACAGAUUAGGGGCGCAGCUCUUUGGGAAAGCGAUGGAGAUGGUGGGGGAGCUGCAACAUGAAGAUAUUCUUUUCUACACAGAUGAUGGAGUCUCGUAUGCGUACGUUGGACGACAAGGACGUGGUCAGUUCCUAUGAUAACCUUGCCGCAGGGUGUGUGUAUUGGGGAGUAUAUAGUCAGAGGGGCUGUGAAGGGGAUGUGACGGACAACGUUGAACAUGAGGUGAGGGCUGGGGAAUGGUGGACGAACCUGAUGGCGGUCUCUUCUCAGGUCGUCGUCGGGAAUACUGACGUCGACAGUGUCACUCGUCCGCGGCAGCUUAAUGGAGACCAGACGAGUGAGGGGGAGGGGGCGCAGGGGCUCUUGGAAGAGGUGGUAGUUCUGGCGGAAGAGAGGCAGAGAAUGGGCGAGAUUGGAGAGAGGGGUUGGCAGGUGGACAACAACAACAACAACAACAACCACAACAACAACAACAACAACGAUGAGCUGGGAUUGGGCAAAAUUGGCGACGAGGGCGUGAAUGGCAACAACAACAACAACAACAACGACAACAACAAGAACGGUGAGCUGGGAUUGGGUGAAAUUGGCGACGAGGGCGAGAAGGGUGAUGAACAUGAGGGGAGGGCCAUCCAAUGGUGGGGGAACUUGAUGGCGCUCUCUCCUCAGGUCGGCGCCGGGAAUGCUGACGUCAACGGUGUUACGCAUCUGCAGCAGCGUAAUGGAGAGCACGCGGGUGAGUGGGAGGUGGUGCUGGGCUUCAUGGCAGAGGUGGUGCUUGUGNACGUCAACGGUGUUACGCAUCUGCAGCAGCGUAAUGGAGAGCACGCGGGUGAGUGGGAGGUGGUGCUGGGCUUCAUGGCAGAGGUGGUGCUUGUGGUGGAGGAGAGGCAAGGAAUCGGUGAGAUCGGAGAGAAGGGUUGGAAGGUGGACAACAACAACAACAACAACGGUGAGCUUGGAUCGGUCUAAACUGGUGCAGCGGGCCUUCAUCUGCCCUGGCCUACAGCCAGGGCCUA